AUGGCAACAAGACUUCUCUUUGCUUCCGUACCCAAAGCCCACCCGAAGAGUACCAAACCAUCACAACACCGCACCCCAUUUUCUGCAGUUGCAGCAUCCCGUUUUCUACAGAUCUCGAGACUUCAUGCUUCUAAAACUCUCGAAACAAUAUACGAAGAAGAAAUGACUACAGGCAGUGAAAGCAGAGAUGGUGUUGCAGAUGUAUUUACAAGUGCUUCACCUUUGCCUUCAGUUUCUGCCUCUUUUUUGCUAUCUAGCAGGUCGACAUGCUUAGUUAAAAUGCAGAAACACUUAUCUAAGAACUUUGAUAACUUCCGAUCAUGUGCUUAUGGUAGUAAUUAG